CGCCAGAGUUCCCACCGCUUUCGUCAGCAUCAGAAUCAUAGUCCGCCAUACAAUGCCAUCGGUCGGGGUCAUGGACGCGUUUAAAAAUCUCAUCCGCCACGGCAAGCACCACCAGCACGCUCGUCAGGACGCGAAAACACCAGUCGACGCCAAGUCCCCGAGCUCGCCCUCAAGCGCCCGCUCAUCGCAGCAGAAGAACCGCGAUGCCGCACAGCAGCAGGAACGCCAGCAACAGCAGACGCAGACGCAGUCUCAGGCCGCGUCGCAGAAGUCCCCCGCGCCCAAGGAGGCUGCGGAGAUGAUCGUCAACGAGGAACGCGAGCAGAAGUCGAAGAUGCCCACCUACAAGGGCCUAGAGAAAUACAAGCUGUUGGAGAAGAUGGGAGACGGCGCAUUCUCGAACGUGUACAAGGCUGUGGAGAUUGCGACUGGUCAGCGAGUAGCCCUCAAGGUCGUGCGCAAGUUUGAGCUCAACGCAUCCCAGCGCGCGAAUAUCCUCAAGGAGGUCCAGAUCAUGCGUGGCACGCACCAUCCAUCCAUCGUCAAGCUUCUCAACUUCGCCGAGUCCCCAGAGUACUACUUCCUGACCCUCGAACUUAUGGAGGGCGGCGAACUCUUCCAUCAGAUUGUCAGGUUGACGUACUUCAGCGAGAACCUAUCUCGACACGUCAUCCUCCAGGUCGCGAACGGGAUUCGCUACCUGCACGAGGAGCGCGGUGUUGUUCACCGCGAUAUCAAGCCCGAAAACCUCCUUUUCGAGCGUAUACCUAUCAUUCCUUCCAAGAACCCUGUCGUGCGGCCUUACGACGAGGAUAAGGAGGAUGAGGGUGAGUUCAUUCCCGGUGUCGGUGGUGGUGGCAUCGGUCGCGUCAAGAUCGCCGACUUCGGCCUCAGCAAGGUUGUCUGGAACGAGGAGACCAUGACGCCAUGUGGGACGGUAGGCUACACUGCCCCCGAGAUCGUCAAGGAUGAGCGAUACAGCAAGAGUGUCGAUAUGUGGGCGCUCGGCUGUGUGCUCUACACCUUGCUCUGCGGCUUCCCGCCGUUCUACGACGAGAGCAUCAACGUGCUCACGGAGAAGGUCGCUCGCGGUUACUACACGUUCCUCAGCCCCUGGUGGGAUGACAUCAGCGCGAGUGCGAAGGACCUUAUCACCCAUCUGCUCUGCGUUGAUCCUGCGCAACGUUUCACUAUCGAUGAAUUCUUGGCGCACCCGUGGUGUAACGCAGCACCUGCUCCAGCUCCACCUCCUACGCCGUUCAUUUAUGGCCAGAACCAACCCCCUACCGGUCUUGAUUCCCCGCUACUCAGCGCGGCCCGUGGCGGACGUCCCGAGGGCAGGUCUCCGGGAGUUGCAACGCUCAAGGAAGCUUUCGACAUCACCUACGCCGUUCACCGUAUGGAGGAGGAGGGUGCGCGCCGUCGGAAGUACAAUGGGCCCGGAGGCGCAGGUGCGCGCGGAUUCCUCGGCGGUCUUAACGAGGACGAUGAGACGGAGGAUUCGGACGACGGAACGAUCAACGGCGAGUCGAGCGCACCGGAGGGUAGCCGUCGCUACGAUGGUCGUGCAGGUCCCCGUGAUCAGGGUCAGGCUCAGCCGCGGAAGGCCGCUGCAUCUGGCAGUCGUCGGAAGCAGGGCUUCGAGCUUGACCUCGAUGGCGCGACGCUGCUCGGCAGGAGACAACACCGCGGUGGCGCCGUUGGUAUGAGCAGCCCACUGUCGGGCAAGCCUGUCACCUCGCCGAUGGCGCUGGAUCCCGGCAGCCCCAUGCAGGUCUCAUAGACGCCUAUUUCCUUACUCCCCUCCGCUCCCUUGUGCGUCCUCGCACGCCCUCCUGAUGGCCUUCCCGCUCCCCGGUAUACCUAACAUACAAGCGGAGUGGCUCGCCUAAUCCUCGUAUCUUCUCAUUUUGGCGGACACUGUCGGCACGCUACAAUUGUCCCUCCCCCCUCUGCAGCACUACAGCCAACACCUCGUAUAGUAUUGCUAUUUUUUGUAUGCACUUCACUCACACAAUCAUCCCCCUUGUUUCCCCUUGCCCCUCUCACUGUAUACCCGUCGUCCACGGCGUUGUACUUAAAUAUUUUCGCACUAGUUGUACCAGUACUACGAUGCAACACUAUUUUCCUCCAUACACGAUGAGAUUACGCUUCUGUACUCUCUACAAGCAACCGGAAUCCCAAUGAAGCCAUAUUAUCUGAAGG